AUGGAGUCACUGCUGAGGAAGAGAUCCAUUUCCAACAAAAUCAAAAUCUUAAUAACGGGUGGAAAUGGAUUUCUGGGCCAACAGUUGGCGAAGGCUUUACUCGAACCGCGAAUUGACCUCAGAUUCGAUGAACUCAUUCUCGUGGACAUCCAGAAGCCCGUAAGUCCUGUCAAAGACGAUAGGGUCCGGUGUCUGGUGUUUGAUUUGACCCGCGCUGACGCUAUCAAAGAGCUGUUCCAAACCAAUAUCGAUAUUGUGUUUCAUUUGGCAGCUGUGGUCAGCGGUCACGCGGAAAGGGAUAUGGAUUUGGGAUUCAAAGUGAAUGUAGAGCUGACUCACAAUCUUCUGGAAGUGAUUCGACACCAGAAUCGACCGCAAACUCGACUCGUGUUCGCCAGCAGUUGUGCCGUCUAUGGAUGGCCUCAACCCAUGGAUCAGGACAUCGACGAGAAGACAGCCGUUUUGGCGCAAUCCUCUUAUGGCAACCAGAAAGCCAUGUCUGAGCUCUUGAUCGCCGACUACACCCGCAAAGGCUUUAUCGACGGCCGAGUGCUGCGACUGCCGACAGUGUCGGUGCGCUCGGGUUCAGCCAAUCAGGCCGUCACCUCUUUCGCGAGUGGCAUCAUUAGGGAACCGCUCAGCGGUCGGGUAGCCAUCUGUCCAGUGGCCAGAGAUCUCAAGAUAUGGAUCACGAGUCCGGAAACUGUGGUCAAAAACUUCAUCCACGCGGCGAUACUACCGGCCAAUGCGUUGGGUGCGCACCGGAACGUCAAUCUCCCGGGCAUUACAGUGACUGUCGACCAAAUGGUGAAGAGUUUGGCGCAAAUCGCUGGACAGGAAACGGCAGAACUCAUCCGAUUUGAAUACGACAAACACAUCGACACAAUCGUCUCAUCCCUUCCCGUCUCCUUCGACGUGAACAGAGCUCUGGGUUUGGGGUUUAGUAUGGAUUCAGACGUCAAUCAUAUCAUUCAGAGUUACAUCGACUCCGAA